CAUGAGCAAAUGAGCAUUGACGUAAUCGGCUAAAUCACAGCCGAAUUUAUAUUUCCCCUCAUCUAUUUUCGCGAACAGUGUCUAUACAAUCCCACAACAGUUACUGGUAGAGUUGAGAUCGAGUCAUCACGAACGGCGAUUUAAGUAACGGCUGCAGCUUACAGCAACCAGAACUCGAUCAUUGCAUUGACAAUGGGCCUGUUUGGCUUCCUGCAGUACCUGCGCCUUAAAUUCCUUAUCUCGUCUCUGCGCCUCCUUGUGCAACUCGUUGCUCCGUUGCCAGUACCCAAGCCAGACUUAGUUUUGAGGAUCCCAUCUCGCGACAAGGGGCGGACCAUCAAAGCUAAUGUCUAUAACCCGAGUGGGGAGCCCGGAAGCGCUAGAGGGCCUCAUCCUGUACUGAUAAACUUCUUCGGAAGUGGGUUUGCUCUCCAAUAUCACGGUGCUGAUGAGCCUUUCUGUCGGUUCAUCGCUACGAAGACCAGCCACGUAGUUCUCGACGUCCAGUAUCGUGUGGCACCAGAAAACCCUUUCCCCGCAGCAGUCAACGACGCCGAGGACGCCGUGAAGUACGUACUCAGCCACCCAGAUGAGUACCUGAUUUCGCAUGUGUCCCUUAGUGGAUUCUCAUCUGGCGGAACCCUUGCACUUGUCAACUCGACCCUGUUUCCCCAUGGUACCUUUCAGUCCCUCGUUGGAUUCUAUCCUUCUCCUAGCAUGGCCGGGGAUCCAGCGACGAGAAAAGCCCCUGUGCCUGGCAGAGAACGACCGUCAUUCUGGACGAAAGUCUUCCGCGAGGCUUACAUACGAGACAAAGAUGCUAGGGACCCUCGCAUCUCGCCAGUCUUUGCUGAUACGACCAACUUUCCACAGGAAAUGCUAAUAUUUACUGCGGACCAUGAUGUUUCAGCCACAGACAUGGAGGCACUAGCUGAGAGGAUCAAAACAGACGGCCAUGCGAGUGGCAGAAACUUAGUGCUAAGGCGGAUGGAGGACUGCGAUCAUGGCUUUGACAAGAACAAGAAGCGCGAAAACCAGAUGGAGGCUGGUCGAAGGGCUUACGCUCAGGUCGCGGUAUUUCUGAACAGGUUGGAGGGAGAGAGUGGAUAAUUCUGCUUUGCAGAUAAAACCAAUACUAGGAAUGUUACAACUAUAUGGUACUCGAUGGCUCGAAGCCCGCCAAAAAGAUAUGCCGUAACUGAUCCAAUACAACAUUCUGUUCUGGUUUCCAGAUCCCGGAUUGCUAUGCAUCCAGGCUAUGUUUCUGAUUCUAGGGCUCAGCUUCUCAUCCGUACCACUUUCAGCACGUCUUGAGGGAGGAAGUAUUCAGCAGACAUCACCGAUUUGCUCUAAAUCCGAGGGAUCUACUAUGCUCAGGCUGUUAUAUUUUCAGUAAAAACAUAGUAAUUGCUGAUAUUGUGGCCGCUAGCUUGCGACGAAGUUAACGAAUAAUGUAAGGACUGGACUAGCGUUCCAAGCUAUAAUCUUGCUCUCAAUAGCCCAUCUUUAUCCUAGAGUCUAUUAAGUAUUAUUGUUGUCAUUAUUAUCCCCAAAUGCAAUAUAUAUCAUUCCCU